AUGCCGUUCCCAUGCAAAAGGGUUGCUACCCGUCGGGGCCAAGGCCAGGCUGCCGACAAGGAAGAACCCCAGCCCACAACUUCGGAUUCGGAGCAGGAGAUCACCUUUGUCGGCCCGUCUGCCCAGGCAUCGACGCCGACGCCGACCGCGCCGGUACCGGCCGCGACGUCACCGAUAACGGAUCAUAUGUUCAAAAUCAUGGAGCUAUUCGCCAGGUCGCAAGCGGAAGCGAAUCAAAAAUUGUUAGAAACGAUUAUGGCAAACACGACCUCGGCCUCACCCGAAGCCGGCGGUGUCAUCAAAAUGAAGUCAGCGGGUAACUUCAGCAAAUGUUCAGCCCGUUUCGACGGAACAACAGGAGACGCAGAAACACUCGAAGCAUUCAUCGAUGCGGUCUUGGUGUUCAAAGAGUGUGCCGGAGUGACCGACGAAAACGCAGUACGAGGCCUGCCGAUGCUUCUCACCGGAAACGCAGCAGUCUGGUGGCAAGGCAUCAAAAAGGACGUCCACGAUUGGGAGGAUGCCAUCGCAAGACUCCGCGGAAUGUACGGCAUCGUGAAACCGGCGUAUAAACUGUUCCGUGAGAUCUUCGCCUAUGAACAUACACUACCGGAGCGCAGUGAAGUGUUUGCCUGUAAAAUUAGGGCCCUAAUAAGCCAGCUACCGUACGAUUUGUGUGACGCGGCUAGAAUAGAUAUCGUGUACGGCUUAUUGGACCUAAAUUUUUGUGAUCGUUUACGAUUGGUUCCCGAAUGUGAACGAAUAGCACCCGAUAGCCUCAGCGCCGUUUCUACGGAUAUUGUCGAUGUGAGAUAUUCCGCACCCCAGAAUAAUACCGACCACGACCAGUGUCACGCUGUGGAUCGUGAGAUACCUACUACGUUUAUUGUGAUCCCUGGGGCGGACGCAAGAACGCUUUUGGGUUGCGAUUUCAUCAAGCGUGCCGGCAUUGCGAUCAACUUACUGGAAGGGAAGUGGAGUUUCACCUCUACACCCGACCGCGUGUACGACUUCGUGCGAUCGUACAGUGUAAAGUCCGCAGGAGGAGCGGACCUUCUUUGCACCGACGCCUCGCCUUUGAGCUUGAGGCCCGAUGAAGGUGCCCAUCUGUCCGAAGAACAACGGGCCCAGAUGAAUGAGAUGAUCGCCAGGUACGCCAGCCGUUUCGCUGUGGAAGGUGAGCCUACUGGUUUUAUAACGCAUCGCAUUAAGACGGACGAGAAGCAAGAACCCAUAGCUUCUCAACCAUACCGCAUGUCACCUGCAAAGGUGGCCAUUUUGGAGAAAGAGUUGGACAAACUACAGCGCGCUGACGUUAUCGAGGAGUGCGGAGUCCCCGUGGGCAGCCAACAUCGUCCUGAGCCCGAUAGAUACCCGUUGCCGCGCAUGGACGAUGUGCUGCAUGCUGCUAAGACGACAAACUUCAUGACAACUCUUGAUUUGCAAUCCGGAUAUUUUCAGGUGUCUGUGGCAGAGGAAGAUCGCGACAAAACUGCGUUCAUCACUCCGAUCGGUACCUUUAGGUUCAAGCGGAUGCCGAUGGGCCUCCGCAAUUCCGGGGCUACUUUCCAGCGCCUGAUGGAUAGAUUUAAAUCUAACCUACCAGGUACUACUCUUUUAUGUUAUCUCGAUGAUCUAAUUGUCCUUUCUGAUUCUUUCACCAAGCACUUGGAGGACCUGCAAGCCGUCUUUGAUAGGCUAGAAUUAUUUAACUUGCGAGUGAACCGCACCAAAAGUGUCUUCGCUCGUGAUUCUGUCAAGUUUCUUGGGCACCUGAUCGUACCAGGCGGUAUCCAGGUGGACCCCGAAAAGACAGCUGCUAUCAAUGACAUGGCUAAGCCGACGAAUCUAAAGCAUCUCAAAUGUUUCUUGCAAACAUCAAGUUGGUUUAGGCGUUUUAUACCCAACUAUGCCGAAAUAGCCAGGCCAUUGACGGCACUGUUGAAGAAGGGGGAGUGUUUGGCGUUGGCUGAACGGAACUACACGACGACUGAGAGGGAAGCACUAGCUGUAGUGUGGGCUGUCGGUAAGUUCCGCGGUUAUAUUGAAGGGGCACAGAUUAUUGUUAAAUCAGACCAUCAACCGCUGAAGUGGUUGAUGAGCAUUAAGUCUCCGAGCGGUCGUUUGACUCGGUGGGCGCUUACUCUACAGGAAUUCGACCUGCGCAUCGAGUACACCCCGAGACUUGCAGCUCCAAGAUCCAGACGUCAAAAGAUUAUGGAGGACUUGGAAGCAACGGACGAACCGUUUAGGGGGAGACCGUGGGCAGACCGCGGUUAUAUCAUGUCCGACGGUGUACUUUACAGGUACAACCCGGAGCCCAGCGACGACGACGAUGCCUGUCUCGUCGUCCCGAUUGGUCAGAGACCCAAAAUUCUGUUUGAAUACCACGACGCCCCGACAGCAGGUCAUCUAGGUGUUGAGCGUACUCUGCAGCGCAUCGCUUCGCGUUAUUAUUGGCCAGGCAUGAGGGCAUCCGUGACUGAUUAUGUCAAACAGUGUACUUCGUGUCAACGUUACAAAGUUGACGCACGUAAACCAGCGGGGUUGGUGCAGUCUCCGGCUGCAGCGCAAAGGUUUGAGGUAGUUGCUGUAGACCUGUUCGGUCCCCUUCCCGUCACAAAGUCGGGUAACCGGUGGAUCCUUAUUGCCGAGGAUGUCUGUUCCAGGCUCAUUAGCGAUAACGGCGUGCAGUUUAUCAGCGAGGUAAUGCAACAGGUAUGCUUUGCAUUUGGUAUAGAUCAGGCGCUGACACCUUACUAUCACCCUGAGGCGAACCCGGUCGAACAUGUCGUGCACGACAUGCGCACUGUUCUGGAUGGCGACAGGUUUGUGGCUAACUUCACGCCCUACUUGAAACGUCUGACAACGGUCUUAAUUGAUGCAAGAGAUGCGCAUGAAAAGGCUCAGGCAAUUCAGAAAAGGUACGCGGACGAGAAACGUCGGCCCGCACCCGACUACAAAGUGGGCGAUCUAGUGUUGCUAAAAACUCAUGGGUCCAACGAUACCGUUCGUGGUCAAACCCCUAAAUUCAUACCGCGACGCGACGGACCUUAUGUCAUAAAAGAAGUGUUGAGUAGUACUACUUAUCGCCUAGAGAACGGCGACGGCGAUACUUUAGGGAAGUAUCAUGUGUCUCAGCUGACACCAUUUGUCGGCCAGUCGGAAUCUCCGGUGGCGGUGGAUGACAGGCGCGCGCACGACUAG